CUAAUAAGAUAAAAGACAUAGGAUCAAUUUUGGCAAAAAAAACAAAGAAAUUGUAGGAGUCACCUGAAACAUUUAGUCCUCUUCUUUGCGCAUUCAGGGAACCUCAGCUCCUUUUACAUUUCUCUACUAACACAAAACUUAUUUGGUGUUUUCUAAUUACAAAUUCGAUCUUGGAAGAUCUCGUAUCCAACAUUCGUGACCCUAACGGAGGAGGUGGUCAGGUCGAUCGAUCAUGAAGUUUGGCUAUUCCUCUGGUCAAAUUCGAUUUGUGUUUUAAAGCAUCUGAUAUAGCAAUGUCGAAGCCAAUCUUGCUCGUGUUUCUGCUAGUUAUACUUAUAGUCACCUCUCAGUUUGAAUGGAGACAACCACUUGUUGAGUUAGAUACAGCCACCAGCUUGUCUCAGAAACAGCAGCAAAUUUCAGAUAGGAAAGAAGCUAUUAAAGAGAAGAUCAUCAUAUCACAAGAGAGACAUAUACAGAGGCUAAAUGAGCUUGUGAGGAGUCUUCAGUUGCAGUUGCUGCGAUGCAAGGGAGAGAAUGAGACCCAAAAUGCCACCAAAAGCUAUCAUCUAAACAAACAAUUCAUCGAGGUCGAAAGGAAACAAAUCCUGGAAGGCUAAACCCCCGUUACGGAAAACAUUUCUAAAUAACUGAAUCGGUAUGUAAAAGUUGUGAAAGAAACCACUCUUAAAUUUUGUGUUGACAUGUUGUAUUGUAGUGUAUCUGACCCGUAUCAGUGUUAAGAACCAACAAGAGAUCUUUGUUGAAUCUUAUCGAAUGGUUUGUUUACAAGCUAAGAAUCAGAGUUUCAGGCUCUGUAAUGUAA